CCGACUGCGUUGGCCGACGCCCGCACGGAUCGAGAUGGCGCGCGAGGCUUCUGAAGCGCCGCUGCUUGAGCUCGAGCCCGGGGACUCAAGGCCUGUCACAUGGCCUCGGCAUGGCCCCCUUUGCGGCAAGAAGGCAGGGCGCGCGGUGGCCGAGACGAAGAAUCCCCAAGGAUCACGAAAAGCGCAGAUUUCUCUCCGAUCUUGUCAAUCGAUUCGUGUGACAGAGAGCUUCGGUUCGAUUUUGCGAGGACGGGGUUCUUUUCAUGCAAGCCCAUUCAUUCUUGCGGGGAUUCGGAGUCGUGAAUUUCGAGUGUUCUCGGGCAAUCGCGUCGAUGAUCCGAGCAAUCCGGAUCAUCGACGCGAUUGCUCGGAGUUGCGUGAUCUCUGAAUCUUCCCUGAAGCUCGGGCGCUCGUGUACGCGGAGCAGAGCACAUGAAACCCAGGUGCUUCGCAUCGUGACCGGUUCGGUGCGCAUAACUGAGAUGGCAGCAGUAUUGAUUGCUCCGGACGCUUUCCCUCACGUCAUGCACCAGGGAUCCGUCGCCCUUAAUGCGAGAGGGAAUUGUUCGUAUUUUUUGGAGAAUAAGAGACACUCCCAUUUAUUGCACAUUGCGAGUUCGAGUGUGUUCGGAAUGCAGGGUAAAUGUUGUUUCCUGGUCCAGAUUUCGACGACGCUACAUUUGGAAACCUGUUCUAGGCGCAACCAGGAUGAAGAACGAGAGUGCAGAACGCAGAAUCAUUUAAUCAUCAUCACACUGUCCAGUUAUUGGCAUGGCCGGGGCUUUCGUGCGUGCUCCGAUGAACUUAUGAUGGUUUGAGACUCUGAAUCUCACAGAGACUUUGCAGCAUCAGGCACUUUUGUGAUUCCAAGAGUCUUACGUUACCCACCUCAGGGUCCCAUUUGUGUCUUUGAGAACCCCGAGUCUUUUCGCCAAAUCCCUCACGAGUUCGAAAACCUGUCAUCCGCAUGU